AUGCCUUCUCAAGUCCGCUCCGUCGUUCCUACCCAGGCUGCCGCCGUCUACCCCAUGCCUCCUGUCUCCGCCCCUCCCUGCGAUCAGGUCGAGCCCUCCACAAUCGCGACCUUGGUCCUCCAGGAUGGUUCCUCUUACCAGGGUAUCUCUUUCGGUGCUGAGACCAAGUCGAUCUCCGGAGAGUGUGUCUUCCAGACUGGUAUGGUCGGAUACCCCGAGUCCUUGACGGAUCCCUCGUACAGGGGCCAGAUCCUCGUCUUGACCUUCCCUUUGGUCGGAAACUAUGGUGUCCCCUCGCGCGAGACCAUGGAUCCCAUCCUUAAGGACUUGCCCAAGCACUUUGAGUCGAACGAGAUCCACAUUGCCGGUCUGAUUGUCGGUCAAUACUCUCAGGACUACUCGCACUACCUCGCCACAUCGUCUCUUGGCGCAUGGCUCAAGGAGUACAACAUCCCUGCCAUCUAUGGCAUCGAUACCCGUGCCAUGACCAAGAAGAUCCGUUCCCAGGGAGUCAUGCUCGGCAAGAUCCUCUUCCCCGUCGCCCUUGUUGGCCCCACCGUUGUCCCUGCCGAUGAGGCUUGGAUGAACGAGUACCAGAACGUUGACUGGGUUGACCCCAACGAGCGCAACCUCGUCGCUGAAGUCUCCUUGAAGCAGCCCAAGAUCUACUCCCCCGAGCCAUCGACUGCCAUCAUGGGACCCAACGGCAAGCCCCUUCGCAUCGUCGCUGUCGAUGUUGGCAUGAAAUACAACCAGAUCCGCUGCUUUGUUGCUCGCGGUGUCGAGGUCAAGGUCGUCCCCUGGGACUACGACUUCAACGCCGACACCGACUACGACGGUCUCUUCAUCUCCAACGGUCCCGGUGACCCAACCAUGACCAAGAUCACCAUCGCCCACUUGACCAAGGCCCUCCAGAUCGCCCGCACCCCCAUCUUUGGUAUUUGCUUGGGACACCAGCUCCUCGCUCUUGCCUCGGGCGCCACCACCAAGAAGAUGAAGUUCGGUAACCGUGGCCACAACAUUCCCUGCACAGACAUGAUCUCUGGCCGCUGCUAUAUCUCGUCGCAGAACCACGGUUACGCCGUCGAUGUCGCCUCUCUCCCCGAUAGCUUCAUGGAGUUGUUCGUCAACGCCAACGAUGGAUCGAACGAGGGUAUCAUGCACAAGACUCUCCCCAUCUUUUCUGUCCAGUUCCACCCCGAAUCCACCCCUGGUCCCCGCGACACCGAGUACUUGUUCGAUGUCUUCAUCAACGCCGUCGAUGAUUUCAGAAAGACUGGCACCUUGAAGGCCAUCACCAUGCCCGGUGGCACCAAGGAGGCCGCUGCUGCCCUCAACCCCCGCGUCAGCGUCCGCAAGGUCCUCGUUCUCGGAUCCGGUGGUCUCUCUAUCGGUCAGGCCGGAGAGUUCGAUUACUCUGGUUCGCAGGCCAUCAAGGCCUUGAAGGAGGAGGGCAUCUACACCGUCUUGAUCAACCCCAAUAUUGCCACUAUUCAGACCUCCAAGGGUCUUGCUGACAAGGUCUACUUCUUGCCCGUCACCCCCGAGUUUGUCCGCAAGGUCAUUCUCCGCGAGAAGCCCGAUGGUAUCUACGUCACCUUCGGUGGUCAGACUGCCUUGUCUGUCGGUAUCAAGAUGAAGGACGAGUUUGCCGGUUUGGGUGUCCGUGUCCUCGGUACCCCCAUCGAGACUAUCAUCGCCACCGAGGAUCGUGAGGUCUUUGCCCAGCGCAUGGUCUCGAUCGGCGAGAAGAUUGCCCAGGCCCAGACUGCUGUCACUGUCCAGGAGGCCAUUGCUGCUGCCAACGAGAUCGGAUACCCCGUCAUUUGCCGUGCUGCUUUCGCUCUCGGAGGAUUGGGAUCUGGUUUCGCCAACAACGACGAGGAGCUCGUCGAGUUGACCUCGAGGGCCUUUGCCACCUCGCCUCAGGUCUUGAUCGAGCGCUCGAUGAAGGGCUGGAAGGAGAUCGAGUACGAGGUCGUCCGUGAUUGCCGCGACAACUGUAUCACCGUCUGUAACAUGGAGAACUUUGAUCCCCUCGGAAUCCACACUGGAGACUCGAUCGUCGUCGCUCCCUCGCAGACCCUCUCGGACGAUGACUACAACAUGUUGCGUACCACUGCCGUCAACGUCAUUCGCCACUUGGGAGUCGUCGGAGAGUGCAACAUCCAGUAUGCCCUCAACCCCUUCUCCAAGGAGUACUGCAUUAUCGAGGUCAACGCUCGUCUCUCGCGUUCGUCUGCCCUCGCCAGUAAGGCUACCGGCUACCCCUUGGCUUUCGUUGCUGCCAAGCUUGGUCUCAACAUUCCUUUGAACGAGAUCUCCAACUCGGUCACCAAGGUCACCUGCGCUUGCUUCGAGCCCUCGCUCGACUAUGUCGUUGUCAAGAUGCCCCGCUGGGAUCUCGCCAAGUUCGACCGUGUCUCCAAGGAGCUCUCCUCGUCGAUGAAGUCUGUCGGAGAGGUCAUGUCCAUCGGUCGUACCUUCGAGGAGACCAUCCAGAAGGCCAUCCGUGCCAUUGACCCCUCGUUGGUCGGUUUCGCCCCCAAGGAGACCUAUGCCGUUAUCGAGGAGGAGUUGACUCACCCCAGCGACCAGCGCGUCUUUGCCAUUGCCAACGCCAUGCAGCAGGGAUACACCGUCGACCGUAUCUGGGAGUUGACCAACAUUGACAAGUGGUUCUUGAACAAGCUGAUGAACAUCAUCAACCUUGAGAAGGCUCUCGGUCGCUUCACCGCCAACGAUGUUUCCGCCAACAUGCUCCGCUCUGCCAAGCAGAUGGGUUUCUCGGAUCGCCAGAUCGCUACUGCUAUCUCGAGCAACGAGCUCUCUGUCCGUCGUCUCCGUACCGAUGCUGGUAUCACCCCCUUCGUUAAGCAGAUCGAUACCGUCGCUGCCGAGUUCCCCGCCUUCACCAACUACUUGUACAUGACCUACAACGCCGUUGAGCACGACAUUACCUUCGAGGACAAGGGAGUCAUGGUUCUUGGAUCGGGAGUCUACCGCAUUGGAUCCUCGGUCGAGUUCGACUGGUGCGCUGUCCGCGCCAUCCGCACCCUCCGCAGCCGCGGUGUCAAGACUGUCAUGGUCAACUACAACCCCGAGACUGUCUCGACCGAUUAUGACGAGGCUGAUCGUUUGUACUUUGAGAACAUCAACUUGGAGCGUAUCCUCGAUAUCUACGAGAUCGAAUCUUCUUCGGGAGUCGUCAUUGCCAUGGGUGGUCAGACUCCCAACAACAUUGCCCUCCCCUUGCACCGUCAGAACGUCAAGAUCCUCGGAACCUCGCCCGAGAUGAUUGACACUGCCGAGAACCGUUACAAGUUCUCGCGUAUGUUGGACCAGAUCGAUGUUGACCAGCCCCUGUGGAAGGAGUUGACCUCAUUCGACGAGGCCGGCGAUUUCUGUAACAAGGUCGGCUACCCCGUCUUGGUCCGUCCCUCGUACGUUCUCUCUGGAGCUGCUAUGAACGUCGUCUACUCUGCCGACGAUCUUGCCAACUAUCUCGGACAGGCCACUGCCGUCUCGCGCGACCACCCCGUCGUCAUCUCCAAGUACAUUGAGGAUGCCAAGGAGAUCGAAAUGGAUGCCAUUGCCGUUAACGGAAAGAUGGUGAUGCACGUUGUCUCUGAGCACGUCGAGAACGCUGGUGUCCACUCUGGAGAUGCCACCUUGAUCUUGCCUCCCCAGGACUUGGACCCCGAGACCAUCCGCAAGAUUGUCGUUGCCACCGCCAAGAUCGGAGAGGCUUUGGACGUCACUGGAUGCUACAACAUUCAGUUCAUUGCCAAGGACAACGAGAUCAAGGUCAUUGAGUGCAACUUGCGUGCCUCGCGCUCGAUGCCCUUCGUCUCCAAGGUCAUGGAGGUCGAUCUCAUUGAGAUGGCCACCAACGCUAUGUUGGGCUUCCCCGUCGAGUCCUACCCCGAGUCGCCCAUCCCCAAGACUGGCUAUGUCGGUAUCAAGGUCCCUCAGUUCUCGUUCUCGCGUCUCUCUGGAGCUGAUCCCAUUCUCGGAGUCGAGAUGGCCUCGACCGGAGAGGUCGCUUGUUUCGGAAAGGACAAGUACGAAGCUUACAUCAAAGCCCUCGUCUCGACUGGCUUCACCCUCCCCAAGAAGAACAUCCUUCUUUCGAUCGGUUCGUUCAAGGAGAAGUUGGAGAUGCUCCCUGCUGUCAAGCGCCUCCGCUCCCUCGGCUACAACCUUUUUGCCACCUCUGGUACCGCCGAUUUCAUGAGUGAGCACGGUGUCCCUGUCAAGUACCUCGAGGCCCUUGAGGAUGACAACGACAGCCAAAAGUCGGAGUACUCGCUCAACCAGCACUUGGCCAACAACUUGAUCGAUCUCUACAUCAACUUGCCCUCCAAGAACCGUUACCGCCGCCCUGCCAGCUACGUCUCGAAGGGUUACCGUACCCGUCGUAUGGCUGUUGACUUCUCGGUUCCUUUGAUCACCAACGUCAAGUGCGCCAAGUUGUUCGUCGAGGCCCUCGCUCGCCACAAGGAUUUUGAGAUUGAGUCUGUCGACUACAAAACCAGCAACCGCACCGUCACCCUCCCCGGUCUCAUCAACAUCCAGGCCUUGAUCCCCGGUAUUUCCACCGCCGGCAGCAAGGACUUUGAGGAGAUCUCCAAGACUUCGAUCUCGUCUGGAUUCACCAUGAUCGGAGCCAUGGGCACCGGUAUCCCCAAGGGUGUCGAGGAUGGCGCCAGCUUGGCCAUUGCUUUGAACAACGGCAACAACCACGCCCACUGCGACUACUUCUUGUCGAUGAACGCCAACGUUGACAACGCCAACAACAGCUUGAAGGAGACCAACGCUCUCUUCAUCCCCUUCUCCCCUGUUGCUGGUCGCGCCAUGGCUAACGUCUCUGAGGCUGCCAAGUACUUCAACUCGUGGCCCAUCAACAGCCACAUCAUCACCGAUGCCAAGGGCACCGAUCUUGCCUCGAUCCUCCUCCUCGCCUCGCUCCACAACCGCUCCGUCCACAUCACCGGUGUCUCGAGCCGCGACGACAUGGCCUUGAUCCAGAUGUCCAAGGACAAGGAAUUGCAGGUCACCUGCGACAUUGAGGUUUACUCGCUCUUCUUGACCCGCGAGGAGACCGGAUCUGCCUUGUUGCCCUCCAAGGCUGACCAGGAUGCCUUCUGGAACAGCCUCCAGGUCUUUGACUGCUUCACCAUCGGUGCUCUCCCCUACCGCCUUGCUGCCGAGAAGGGCAUCCCCGUUGCCCAUGCCGGCAUUGAGGAGACCCUUCCCCUCUUGGUCGAUGCUGUCAACAAGGGCCGCUUGACCAUGGACGAUGUUGUUGCCAAGUUGUACACCAACCCCCGCAAGAUCUUCUCGCUUCCCGAGCAGAAGGACUCGUACGUCGAGAUCGAGACUGACCGUGCCUGCAUCUUGUCCAAGACCACUGGACCCUUUGCCGGCAAGGCACUCUCCGGUACCGUCCACCGCGUUGUCCUCCACGGCGCCACCGCCUACUUGGACGGUGCUUGGUAUACCACUGGUGUCGAGGGCCAGGAUGUCACUGCUGUUGCCCAGGCCAUCACCAAGGCCACCGAGAAGCCCCACAUCACUGUUCCUGCCCACGGUGCUUCCAACGCCGCGGUUAUCCACUCGCCCCGCCUUGGACCUUCGGAGUUUGUUACUCCUUCGACUCCUUUGAUCCGCCCCUCGGACGGUCGCCGCGGCAGUGUCCAGAUGGAGCAUUCUGCUUCCUCGACUGCAAUUGUCCCUGCCCACGUUGCUGCUGCUGCCGCCGCCCGUGAGGUUCCCUCAGUGAUCUCUCGCAUCCUCAACAACUCACCCUUCUCGCACCGCCACAUCCUGUCGUCAAAGCAGUUUGACCGCAACGAGCUUCACACUUUGUUCAGCUUGGCCCACGAGAUGCGCACCCAGGUCGAGCGCAAUGGCUCGAUCGACUUGCUCCACGGCAAGGUCAUGUGCUCGAUGUUCUACGAGGCUUCGACCCGCACUUCGUGCUCUUUCCAGACAGCCAUGUUGCGUCUCGGAGGUACCGUUGUUGCUGCCGAUGGCUCGUCGUCAUCGGUCGUCAAGGGCGAGACCUUGGCUGACACUGUCCGCACCUUGGGCUGCUAUGGUGAUUUGAUUGUCCUCCGUCACCCCGCUCCCGGCAGCGCCGCCACUGCUGCCAAGUUCUCCAAGGUUCCCAUCAUCAACGCCGGCGACGGUGUCGGUGAGCACCCUACUCAGGCCUUCUUGGAUGUGUACACCAUCCGUGAGGAGCUCGGAACUGUUAACGGCUUGACCAUCACCUUGGUCGGAGACCUCAAGAACGGCCGCACUGUCCACUCGCUCGUCAAGUUGCUUGCCUACUACCAGGUCACCCUCAACCUUGUCUCCCCUCCUUCGCUCCGCAUGCCCGAGGAUGUCAAGGCCGAGUUGGUCAAGGCCGGCGUUACCAUUAACGAGUUGACCGACUUGAACGAGGUCAUUGCCGAGUCGGAUGUCGUCUAUGUCACCCGUGUCCAGAAGGAGCGUUUCGAGAACCUUGAGGAGUAUGAGCGCGUCAAGUCUGCCUACGUUAUCAACAACAAGAUGAUGAGCAAGGCCAAGACCCAGAUGAUUGUCAUGCACCCCUUGCCUCGUGUCUCUGAGAUCGAGCCCGAGGUUGAUUUCGACCAGCGCGCUGCUUAUUUCCGCCAGAUGCGCUAUGGUCUCUAUGUCCGCAUGGCUCUCCUUGCCCUUGUCCUUGGCAAGUCGAUCUAA